CUCGCCGUUGGAAAACGAGAGCGCGCUCGACGCAGACAGAAUGAAGUGCGCAGAAGAGGGACGCGCAGCGAGCGAGUAGCUGCUGAUUCUGCUCUUCACGCGAUUGCUUUUACUUAAACAUUUCUACUGAGCUGGAACAGAGACAAAGACAAAGGUGAGGAGCUCGGCUGAUGGAUGAGGAUGAGGAUGAUCUGCACAGGAAGGGUCUUCAUCACUGGCCUUCCUCUCACGUCCAGAUAAAGCCGAGCGAGACCGCAGGGAGACCCCCUGCAUCACCCAGCGUAAUGCUGCCCUGCCCAGUGCAUGUGGAGCACAGACGCUUUCUCUACGGUAACGCAGGCCUGCUGCUGCUAGCGUCGCUCGGCCGCUCUCGGCCUCCAGACGUGGUUCUCCAGCAGAACCUGCGCGUGAUGGACCCGGCGGAGAGCGUGGAGACCCUCAUCGGGCAGAAGCUCCAGCUGAUCGGGGAUCAGUUCUAUCAGGAGCACAUGAUGCACCACAGAAACCAAAGGAACCAGGAUCCUCUGUUGUGGCGUGUUGCGGUGGCGUUCUACACGCUUUUAUUUGGAAGAGAGGCCAACGCAAGAGCAGAUCGCAGGUGAAGCGCCUCCCAAACACUGCCAUCUGUGUCCCAGUCCUCUUCACGGAGCACAGCGUUUAACAGCACUGUCUGGAAUCUAACACGGGUUUUUUGGGGAAAACCAGAGACUGGAAUGAAGACGUCUCCGCAGGACGGGGCAGUUUUUAUCAUCAUCUUUCCCCAUGAAGAUGCCAUGAUGUUUUUUAGAUUCUACCAGGAAUAUUUUCAUAGACACGUCGAGGUGUUUUGUACAGGAUGCGGUUUCAUUUUCUUUGCACUUCCACACGUGUGUAUCCGAAUGACCUCCUCGAGUCUUGGGAACGCCUUACUGUCCCACGCCACCCAUAAACGGAAGAUUAGGACGGGAUUCUCCUUCAGAAAUCUCCCAAGACGUCCAGCAACUUGACAAAUCUCCAAAGAGGCUGUCUCUCAGAACGAAAGCUUUUUGCACCUCAGUUUUCAUGAUGUUUUUACGUUUUUUUAUUACAUAAGUGUUGGAGUUUUUUUUUAUUGUUCUUCCUAUUGUUUGGUUUGAAAUCUAGUCAGAAGGCGAGGAUGAUCUUUGAAGAGGGUUUGAUGAAGUCCGUGAUGAGUUGAUGUACUGCUGUUAUUGAGAUGUCUUUAUAUUUCAUUUGAUUUGAGUUUUGACGCAACAGCAUGAAAUAUUACUGGAUUGCUUUUGUUUGCUCCAAUAUCAUUUGUGUAUGAUCCCGAGGGAAGCAAAGGUAGAGGAAAACCAUUAUCAGGUCUUAAAAAUUCACCGGAUUUUGAAAAACAUUAGAAAUAAACUUGCAAAAAUGUUGAUAUUAAGUCUCACUCAGGUACUUAAAGAGACAUUAAAGUUCAUCCAAAAAUUUUAGUUCUGGCAUCACUUACUCUGAUUUGCCCUAAUAAAGUUGUUUCAUGAUUAACUUCCAAAGUAUGAAAAAAAAUUAUAGGAUGGAGUGGACUUUUUGGUUACCAAAAUAUUUUAUCAUAAUAUUUCUGUUAUCAUUUAUUCACCCUCAAUUUGUUCCAAAACCUGUAUGAGUUUCUAAACCCCAUUGACUUCCAUAACAUUUUUUUUCCGUACUGUGGAGGUCAAUUGGUGCCAAAAACUGUUUGGUUAAGAAAAUCCUUGAAAAUAUCUUCUUUUGUGUUCAACAGAAGAAAAAAAACAAAUCUGCUAUAAUUUACUCUCCCUCAAGUUGUUCCAUGGUGGAACCCAUUGAUUUCCAUCAUAUGGAUAAUAAGUCAAUGGCUACCGUCACGUGUUGGCUUACCAACAUUCUUCAAAAUGUCUUCUUUUAUGUUUAACAAAAGAAAGAGUCCAUUAUGACAGAAUGUUUCAACUUAAUGAAGUUUCUCCAUGAUGGCACCCAUUGACUUCCAUAGUAUGGAUCCAUACAAUGGGUUCCAUCAGCUGUUUGAUUAUUAAUAUCCUUCAAAAGGUCUUCUGUUGUGGAAUGACGUGUGUGAGUAAAUGAAGACAGAACUGUUAUUUUUGGAUAACCGUCUCUUUAAAUCCACAAAGCUUAAAAUGGCCAAUAGAUACAAACCAGUUUUGACAUAUCAUAACAUUUCUGUGCCUAUAACACGAACAGAUCGACCUAAACUGUGUUUACAUUCACAUACAGCAAACAUAUCAGGCUCAGCAGCACAAAUCUCUUCUCAGAAGUAGUUUUGUUUGUAUAUAUCACCUGAAACUGUUGAAGAUAAUCCGAGCAAUACUGUGUAAAUCUGUGAAGUUUUCUCCUCUCAGGACUCUUGGCGCUUUUGAUUUUCUGGUUUUAUUUGUACUUUUAUACCUGAUCUCUAAGGUUACAGUGGUGUACAUUUCUUUAUCUUUUUUGCUUUUUAUAUAUAUAUAUGACCACUACUUUGUACAAGACAUAAGGAAGAAAUAUGUUAAGACUGUAAUUAUUAUAUUCAAAGACAUUGAUGCAUUCAAUGCUGUUCCUCUGUCGUGUUUUAUUUGUAUUUUCUUUUUUUUGGUUCAUCUUGAAGGAGUGACACAUAUUUUGUGAGACUUUGGUUUAGAUUUAUGUUUCCGCUCCCUCUGAAAUCAUGCAGGUCGUUCAUUUCAAAUCAGAGAUGAUUGCAGAACGAUCAAAUGAAGGAAAACAUUUACUCUUUUAAUGACAGCACAUCAUUUUACUCUUUGAAGACCAUACCGAUAAAAGUCCUCAUUUUUUAGAUCCGUUUCAAAUGUUGAUUCGAAAUCCACUUACAAUCAGCUCAUAUUUCACCAGAAAAUCUAAAGAAGAUACUUAUAUUUUGUAUUUAAACAGAUUUUUAAGACCAUUUAGAUUAGUUUUAUGCUGUAUUUGUAAAGUAAAAUUACAUUUUCCUUUUGUAAUUUUUGCUGUUUUAAUUUAUGCUUUAAAAAUGUUUAAUCUAUUGUUUUUUUUUCUACUUUAGAUGGAGAGUAAUUUAACAUUGAUUAUUUCAUUUAAUUUAUGGUUGAAAAUCUACAUUUACAUAACUUAAAGCAGUAAAGAGCAUCAAAUUGAAUAGAAAAGAUGCUUAAUUUUCAUGAAAUUAUUUUCAUGCAAUCUUUUUGAAUAAUUUCAUGGAGCAAAAUAAAAAAUUUGUAAACUAAAUUUUCUGAGUAAAAAAAGAAAAUCUUGCAAUUUUUAUUUUUUCUUAGAAUUGUUUAUCAAAAUUCAGAAUUUUUUUAUUUCUAUUUGAAAAAUCAAUUUUUCUUAAUAACUUAAUUGCGGUAUAAAGCAUCAAAUUGAAUGGAAAAGUACAAAUACAAUUGCAAUUACCUUUUUUAAUUAUUAUUUCACGGCAUAAAAAAAUAUUGUAAAUUUAGAAUUCUGAGAAAAGGAUUGCGGGUAUAUAUAUCAAAAUGUUGACUUCCUGUCUGGCAAUUCUGAGUUUUUAUUUAUUAUUAUUUUAUAUUAGAAAAAUCUAAAUACUCUACAUUGUUAUUACUUUCAGUAUUUAGUAUUAAAUUUAAUAAAAAAACAUGCUUGUAAUGAAAAAAUUAUUUAAAGAAACUCAAAAUAAUCGUGAUACUCUUAAAAAUGUAGCUUGAGUUUCUUCAUCGAAACUUGUAAGUUUCUUCUGAUUUUGAGGUGAAAUGUGAGGUUUGCCGUGUUUCCGUGGCUCUGGUGUUUUCAGGAAUGUUUCUGGUACAUGAGUACGGUACAGGUUCAGUUUCUCAGUAGUUCUCGUCGAGGCGGAGUCCGCGGCUAAACGUGUGUUUCCUGCAGAUUGUGAAUGCUGAGCCAGCACCGCAUGUUCUCCUGCCGCUCACAUAUGUGCACUCCUCCACUUUCCUUCAUCCUUUUUAAUUUAUUUUUUUCUUAUUUAUGUUGUUUCUCUUUUUUGUAUAUCAGCCCAAUGCUACUGUAUACAUUUUAUUGUGCAAUUCUUUUCUUUCUAUGCCUCGAUAAUAACAUUUUGUUGUGGAUUUCUGGUGUUCGUUGUGUUGCUGAAGGAGGAUUUGGACUCUCGGUCAUAAAAAAGUGCCAUCAGAUGAACUGAGCAUGAGAAAGUCAGCGGAUAGAUUAAAUGAAAUCAGGUGAAUCCCACAAAAACACGUACAGGUUGUUUCACUUCAAAAAGUGCUCUAGAAAUUAUUAUUAAUUUGAAAAUUUUCAUGACAUAAAAGCAGCUCCAAAUUCUCGUAACUUUGAUGUGAAACAUUUGACUUUUAGGUUUGUAUGUAAUUGUUUCUCUUCUGAUUGUGGGCUCAAAUUUAAGGAAGCUUGAUUCAACUAUAGAACUACUUUUUUUUCUGAAAAUAUAAUUUUUUUUCUCAGAAUUUAGAUUUUUAUCAAUUCAGACUUUUUUCAUGCAAUUUGGAUUUUGGAAGUUCGCAAUUCCAAGUUUUUAUCGCGCAAUUCUGAGUUUAUAUCUCACAAGUGACUUUUUUCGCAAUUCCAAGUUUUUAUCGCGCAAUUCUGAGUUUAUAUCUCACAAGUGACUUUUUUCACAAUUCCAAGUUUUUAUCGCGCAAUUCUCAGUUUAUAUCUCACAAGUGACUUUUUUCGCUAUUCCAAGUUUUUAUCACGCAAUUCUGAGUUUAUAUCUCACAAGUGACUUUUUUCGCAAUUCCAAGUUUUUAUCGCGCAAUUCUGAGUUUAUAUCUCACAAGUGACUUUUUUCGCAAUUCUGAGUUUAUAUCUCACAAGUGACUUUUUUCGCAAUUCCAAGUUUUUAUCGCGCAAUUCUGAGUUUAUAUCUCACAAUUGACUUUUUUGCAGUUCUGUGUUUAUAGAGAUAUGAAGUCAGAACACAAUGUAAACUAAGAAUUCCAAGUAAAAAAAAGUCACACAAUUACAUCUUUCUGUUUUUAAUUCUUCGACAGGGACAAAUCCUGAAUUGUGCGAUAUACACUCAGAAUUAGCAGAAUAAACGUCUGAACUCUGGGAUAAAAGUCGCAAUUACCGUUUGUAUUUUUUUUUUUAUUCCUUUGUUUGAAACAAGCUUCCAUAGAAAAAUGACCUGGACGAGAAACUAAAAAUAAAUUCUAAAACAGAAACGUGGUUUAAUCUUUCCAGUAUCUCAAAGAUCCGACUCCGAAUCAUUGCAUAAAAUUUAAAUACUGGAGGUUUUGAAGGCAUACGCAGUAAAUGCGGGAUGUUUUGAAGUGCUUUAUCUCCGUUUCUCUUUUUUUACAUGCACUGGAAAAUACUUUGUGUUUCUCUCCAAGUCUCUUUAACAUGCCCAUCUUUUAAAGUUCGUGAGGAACCAGGAAUAUGUUUUGGAUUCUCUAUUUAGUUUUUUGGUAUCUAAUGAUGUAUUUUGACUCAAAGGCAAACAAGCACACCGUGCUGCCCAGUAUUAACCCUUGAUGAACCAACGGUGAUUGUUUUCUUGAUAUUGACUGUUAUUGUUGGAGCUCAUUGGUUUGGGUUUUUAAAAUGGAUUUUCUUACUGAAAUUUUUAGCUUUUUGAAGGCAGAUGUUUUUAACUUUGUUAAAUGAUUUCCAACUAUGAUCAAGUUCUUUUUAAUCUACAGAUGGACUUGAAACAUUCCUUGUCAUUCCAAAAUGAUUUUAAUAAUUGCAUUGAAGACAUUUUACCAUGUAAGAAUCCAUUCGGCAGGUUUGACCCCUCCAUUUUUCCAUCCAGGCCUUCGUAUAUACCCAACAAUUGGUUUCUAUUGAAAUGAUCCCACUGGGAAACUCAUUGAUUGUUUAUCUGAGGUCUCGCUGAAGUCUUGAGGUUCACACACACUCACUGUACACCAAGAAAUGAGACCCAGUGAUGAUGUAGCAUGUGUGUAAACAUUGACUGUGUGUCUUCGGGACUGUAUUGUGCACUUCCUCACCUUGGUUUGGUUUCUCGGAUGUUUUUUUUUAUACAGUAUGGAAGUUCUAUGUUUUGUUAUAUAGGCUAGUGCAAUAUGCUGUACAUAAGAGCUUUGCUCUACGAAAUACUUUUUUGGUUGUUUUAUUGGUACACUUUUUUCAAUAAAAACAUAUUAAAGUA